CCGCCGCCGCCGCCGCCCCGGGACCAGACACCAUGUCCAUCCACAUCGUUGCCUUGGGAAAGGAGGGAGAAGGGUUGCCGCAGGACCCCCGCCGGGCAGGCCUCAUCUGGACCUAUCUGGGGAGAAGCGCCCUGGUCUCAGAGGCCGAGAGCAGCUUGUUGCUGAACCCCGCCAACUCCGUCGCGCAUCCCGUAUUUACCGAGUACCAAGCCUGUGUGUUUGGCAAUGUCAGACUGGUGGUCCACGACUGUCCCAUCUGGGACAUUUUUGACAGUGAUUGGUAUACUUCUCGAAAUCUUAUUGUUGGAGCCGACAUCAUCAUAAUUAAAUACUCUGUAAAUGACAAGUCAUCAUUUCAAGAAGUAAAAGAUAGCUAUAUUCCAGUGAUAAAAAAAGCAUUAAGCCAUUGCUCAGUUCCAGUAAUAAUUUCUGCUGUUGGGGUAAGACAAAACGAAGAAUUACCUUGUACUUGCCCGUUGUGUACCUCUGACAGAGGUACCUGUGUCACUGCUUCUGAAGGAAUCCAGCUGGCUAAAGAUCUCGGAGCUACUUACCUUGAACUGCACAGCCUCAAUGACUUCUAUGUAGGAAAAUAUUUUGGAGGAGUGUUGGAAUAUUUUAUGAUUCAAACCUUGAAUCAGAAGUCAUCUGAAAAAAUGAAGAAAAGGAAAAAAAGUGGCAAGUGUCAUGGAAUUAGACCACCUCAGCUUGAACAGCCAGAAAAGAUGCCUGUCUUAAAGGGGGAAGCCUCACAUUAUAACUCGGAUUUACACAACUUGCUGUUCUGCUGCCAAUGUGUUGACGUAGUAUUUUACACUGAAGACUUGAAGGAAGUAGCAGAAGCCCACAAGGUUGUCCUGUGCUCCGUAAGCAAUGUGUUCAUGUUGCUGUUCAACGUGAAGAGUCCCGCCGACGUCCAGGAUUCCGUGGUCAUUCGGACGGCCCAGGAUCUCUUUGAAGUGGCCGUCGAGACUGCUUUUCCAGUAGCUAGCAGAGGGCUACCAUGCAACCCACCAGUAAGAGUCAUUGUUAAAGACUCCCUCUUCUGUUCUUGUUUAUCAGACAUUCUGCACUUCAUUUAUUCAGGUGCUUUUCAAUGGGAAGAAUUGGAAGAAGAUAUUAAGAAGAGAUUGAAAGACCCUGGGAAUGUUCUAGGUGUACUUGAGAAAGUGAAAUGCAUUUUGAAAGUUCCAGGAAAGGUAAACUGCCUGAAGAACUGUAGAUCCUUUCAGUCCAAAAGACCCCUGUGGUUUUAUAAUACUUCUCUCAGGUUUUUCUUUAAUACGCCGAUGCUAGCUGAUGUUAUCUUCAAAAUUCAAGGCGCAACUGUUCCAGCCCACAGGGCUGUCUUAGUGGCCCGCUGUGAGGUCAUGGCAGCUAUGUUUAAUGGGAAUUAUAUAGAAGCCAAUAGUUUCCUGGUUCCAGUGUAUGGGGUUUCCAAAGAAACUUUCCUCUCCUUCCUAGAAUACCUGUAUACCGACUCCUGCUACCCAGCUAGCAUCCUGCAGGCCAUGUCUCUCCUGAUUUGUGCUGAGAUGUACCAGGUGUCUAGACUACAACAUAUCUGUGAGCUGUCUAUCAUUACCCAGCUACAGAGUAUGCCAAGUAGGGAACUGGCCUCCACAAGCCUCAGCGUCGUCAGCUUACUCAAAAAAGCCAAGUUUCACAACUCUGAUUGCCUCUCAACUUGGCUCCUACAUUUUAUUGCCACUAACUACCUCAUCUUCAGUCAAAAGCCUGAAUUUCAAGAUCUUUCAGCAGAAGAACGCAGUUUUGUCGAGAUGCACCGAUGGCCAUCCAACAUAUACUUGAAACAGCUCGCAGAAUACAGGAAAUAUGUUCACUCCCGGAAAUGCCGUUGCACGGUCAUGUAACUCGAAGACUGUAGCUCCGCUUUUUCUCCUGGAAGGUUAGGCGUGAGUGACUGACCGUAGACUAUCGUUCCAGUGUGUGCAUGUCCUACGGACCACCGGAUGAUAAAGUGAGACCUCGCAAGUGCAUUUUGGACUGAGAUAACUACGAACGUAGAUCGAAAAGGGAUUCAAAAAAUGUUCUGUGAACUGGGGGAGGGUUUUACACAUCGAGGGGCCCGUUGUGCAGCUACUGGUCUUAUCUCUCUUCUAAGAUGCCGUGUGGCUCCAGUGGUCUCCAACUGUUGAGUUUGUAAUGUUGGAAUUAUUUAUUUGAUGUCUGUAAAACGGGUGGAGGAGGACUCGUGACCAUAUGCAGUUGUAUGUAAUGGUCCUGUUAAAGAGGGAGAGGUUUGGAAACUC